AUGGAGAUGUAUGUCGCGGAUAUCCUCGUUUCCGAGAACAACUACUCCUUAGUAGGAGUAGGGUUCACCUUUACCGUCUUGGCUAUUGUUGUCGUGGUCCUGAGAAUUUUUACUCGGCUAUGGGUUGUCAAGGGAUUUGGCGUUGAUGGCGGCUUCAUUGUACUCUCCCUGGCGACAUUGGGCUUCUUGAUCGCAGUCAUCCAACGUAAGCAAUAG